AUGACGGAAGAAAAUUUAUUACGAAAUAAAACUGAUCCUUCGACAACAUCAAAUUCAUCAAAUGUUGAAAGUCGACUAGUUAAUCAUGUUAAGAAAAAUGAAAUUCACAAGGAAAAUUCUCUUUAUCCUGAACCAAUAUCAAAAUGUUAUAUCGGGGCUGGAAAUAAUUCAGAAUUAAUAGAAAAUAUUUUAACAUCAAUUGGUUAUGAACGUCAAUUGGAAAAAAUUGAUGAUUUUAAAAUAAAAUGGGUUCAAUGCAUUCAAAGUAUAAAUUGGAAUUUAUUUAAAGAUGGUGAACAAAUGGUCAAUCAUAUUCAAGGUGAAGAUUAUUUUACAACUAAAGUACAAUUAUGUCAAUCAUUACAAACUUAUGAAAAAAUGUCAAUGACAAUGCAGAAACGUCCACAACAAUUUUUAUCUUUAAAUGAAUAUGUUCCACAAACAUUUAAAUUGGAUGAGAAAAAUGAUCGAGAUGCAUUUUUUAAUAUACAUAAACCUGGUGAUGUUUGGAUUUGUAAACCAAGUGGACUUAAUCAAGGAAAAGGGAUUUAUCUUGUUCGUGAUAUUGAAGAGUUAAAAGAAAAAUUUUCAGAAAUCGAUUCAUUAGAAAAGAAAAAACAAAUAUUAAUUAAACCAAUGAAAAGAAUUGUUCAACAUUAUAUUAUGAAUCCAUUAUUAAUUAAUGGAAAAAAAUUUGAUAUUCGAUGUUAUAUGCUCAUAUCAAGUGUGAAACCGCUUCUUAUUUUUUAUCAUUCUGGUUAUAUUAGACUUUCAAUGUUUGAUUUUGAUAAUAAUGAUGAAAAUCUUCUUACACAUUUGACUAAUCAGUAUAUGCAAAAAAAAGAUCCGAAAUAUUAUGAUCUUAAAGAAGAAACAGCAUGGACAAUGGAACAAUUCAAUGAUUAUAUUAAUAAAAAUGUUGCAUUAAAUAAAAAUCUUGAACAAGAUUGGAUUUUAAAUGUUUUACCAAAAAUCAUUCAACGUAUUAUGUUAAAUGUAAUUGAAAGUAUUCGCAUGAGAUUAAAAAGACGUGUUGGUUGUUUUGGUCUGUAUGGUUAUGAUUUUAUGAUUGAUCAAGAUAUGAAAGUUUGGCUAAUUGAAAUAAAUGUUAAUCCAGCAUUAACAACAAAUACAAAUACACUUGUUCAAGCUAUUCCACCUGUUGUUAAAGAAUCUAUUUUAUUAUCAAUUGAAUGUUUUGAUAAAAUUCGUCAUGGACAAAAAAUUUUUCCAUUAAAAUCUUUAAAAGGGUAUAAAUGUAUUUAUAAUGAAUUAGAACGAAAAAAUAGUUUACCUUUUAUUGAACAAAAACGUGCUAUAUCAUCAUUACCAAAUAUACGUAAAGUUAAUGCAACACCUAUUUCUUGUUUUCCUUCGCGUUCAUUAAAUAAACAAGUGCCCAAAUCCAACGAUCAGCAAAAUUCAUCAAUAGAAAAACCAGUUAUUUCCUAUACGAUACGUCAAAAAGAUGAAAAUAAAACUUGUUUUCAUACUAAUGAAAAAUUGUCCACAUCAAAUAGAGCAAAUAAUUGUUUAUCAUCAGAUAAUGAUCCAAUGAUAAUGAAAUAUCAAACAAUACAAAGAUAUCGAACGAAUUUUGAAAUAUUAAAACCAGCAACAGUUAUUGCUGAAGAAUGGAAUAAUUUAGAUGAAAUACAAAAAACUCGUCUUUCUAUCGGAGGUUCAAAAACUCUUGGACAUGGGACAGUUGCAUCAUUCACCGACAAUCAUCACAAUUCAUUGCGAAAUGGACGACAAACUGCUAUUCUUCAUACAACAACAAUUGAUACAUUUUUUAAGCAAGCUGAAAAAACAACAUUAUCAUUAUCGUUAACAUCAUCAUCAUCGUCGUCAUCAUCAUUAUCUAAAGCAACAAUAACGACAAAUCGUCAUCGAAUAAAUAUACAUCAUAGAAGAAAAUUAAAUAUAACAAGACCUUAUUCAGUAUCAAUAAUAAAAGAGUUAAAUUCAUUUGAAAAUAAUAAGAACAAUAAUAAUAAUACAUUUAAUCAAUUUGGUUUUACACCUAGAUUAACAAAAUCUGCACUUAUUUAUCAAUUAAUACGUUCAAGACUGGAAGCUAAUUUAGCUCGUUCAAUGUCAUCAAAUAAAAAUCGAUCGAUUAAUAAUUUUAGUUUAAUUUCAUCUUCAAAUUUAUAA